AUCCCUAGCCAUGGAGAUUAAUUCUAAAGCUAGCACUCUUUUUCUUGCAUUAGUCAUUUUAUCUUUCUUCCAUCAUUCUUUGGUUUCUUGUCAAAAAAUAAUAAGGAAUCGCGGCAGAUAUGGCUUCACUCUUGAUCUUAUCCACCGCGAUUCUCCUUUGUCACCUUUUUAUAACCCAUCAAACACUCCAUCUGAACGCCUUCAAAAUGCCUUCCACCGGUCAUUUUCUCGGGCUUCCUUCUUCAAGAAAAACUCCUUUAAUGGAAUCCAAUCGACUAUUACUCCAACCCCAGCUGAUUACCUCAUGAAAAUAUCAAUUGGAACUCCCCCAGUAGACAGUCUUGUCUUUGCUGACACCGGCAGUGACUUGACAUGGACACAAUGUGAGCCUUGUGUUGAUUGCUUCAAACAAUUGGCACCUACUUUCAAUCCCAAGAAUAGCUCGUCUUAUAAAACUGUUGGUUGUAACACUAAAAUUUGUCAACAAGUAGGAUAUUUAUGUAAGAAUAAUACAUGUACUUAUGACAUGAGUUAUGAUGAGGACCCCGAAUCCCAUAGCGGGGGUGAUCUUUCUAUUGAGACUUUCACAUUUGCUUCUACUUCUGGUGAAAAUGUCUCAAUUCCUAACAUUGUCUUUGGUUGUGGACAUGCCAAUAGUGGAAUGUUCACUAAUGCCACUUCUGGAAUUGUUGGCUUAGGUGGUGGCAUUGUCUCAAUUGUCAACCAAAUGAAUCAAGAAAUCAAAGGGAAAUUCUCCUAUUGUUUGAUCCCUUUGGAAUCAUCAACAAAUUCCAGCACAACUAGUCACAUCAACUUUGGUGAUAAUGCUGUUGUGGCUGGCCCUGGCGUCGUUUCAACUCCAUUGAUAAGAAGCCAACGGUUUCCAACCUACUAUUUUCUAACUUUAGAAAGUAUCAGCGUGGGGAAUAAGACUCUUCCGUUCAGAUCUUCUAAAAUCAAUUCCAGCCAUCAAGGUAACAUUAUAGUGGAUUCUGGCACAACAGUUACAUUUGUCCCUUUUGAUUUUUACGCAAAUUUGGAGAAAAUAUUGGUGGCUUCGAUAAACGCUAAUAGGAAGGACGACCCGUCUGGGUUUUUUAAGGUAUGUUACGAGUCUAAAAAUGGCACUAUCGAUGCUCCCAAGAUUGUUGCACAUUUUACGAAUGCAGAUGUAGAGCUGCCACCCACAAACACAUUUACACAAGUGCAAGAAGGUUUGGUUUGUUUCACAAUGAUGCCUGAGGAUGGACUUGUUAUUUUUGGGAACUUCGCACAGAUGAAUUUCUUAAUUGGAUACGAUCUUGUGGCCAACAAACUUUCAUUCUUGCCUACUGAUUGCACUAAGUACUAAAGGGUUUGUUUGUGAAUGGGGGUGACAAGUUAUACAUGUAAUGAAUAGCUUGUAUUCUUCUAUUCCCCCUUUAUGUUUGUUGGUCUUAAAUGUGACUAGAAGCUUCUCAUCUUAUGCUUAGAGAUCUUUUAUGUGUUUAAUGAGCAUUUGUUGUUAGUCUUGGUGGUUUA